UGAUAUGAUGGAGAGAAGGAAGGUAGAUAUACUUGGUGUGCAAGCGACCAGGUGGAAAGGGAGUAAGGACAGGAGCAUCGGAGCUGCCUGGCGGCCUGUCCAGGGUGUCUCCCCGCCUGCCACCCAAUGACUGCUGGAAUAGGCUCCAGCAUCCCCGCGACCCUGAGAGCAGGAUAAGCGGUCAAGAUAAUGGAUGGAUGGAUGUUAUCAGCUCUCCUCCAGGGUGACACAACAAGAGAACUGAAGACUUUUGGCUCCGUCACACAGCUACCGGCUUAAGCGAAGAUGUUUCCAUGGUAUCAGCUGGCUCUGUUGGCUUUAAUCCCCAUGACCUUAGGCGUGAACCCUGGGGUAAAGGUCAGGCUAACAGAAAAAGGCAUCGAAUAUGGCAGACAGAUUGGGAUGGCGUUCCUGCAGCAGAAACUCAAAACUAUCAAGGUCCCAGAUAUUUCAGGGACAGAAAGAGUGGCUCCCAUUGGCAAAGUCCAGUACAGUUUGUCAAGGAUGGUAAUAGUGAAUCUGGGAUUACCAGAGUCUGCACUGGGCCUGGUGCCAGGGAGUGGUGUCAAUCUCUCUAUCCAAAAGGCCUUCAUUAGUCUGCAUGGAAACUGGAAGGUCAAAUACUUAAGAAUUAUAAAGAAUAGUGGAUCAUUUGAUUUGGAAGUUAACGGACUCACUAUUACCACGGCUAUUUCCAUUAAAAGUGAUGACGUGGGGCGACCAGCGGUCAGUAGUGUCAACUGUGUGUCCAUUAUAGGCAGCUUAGACAUCAAGUUUCACAGUGGGACCAGCUGGCUAUACAACCUGUUCAGUGAGUUUAUUGACAAGGCUUUGCGAGAUUUACUGCAGAAACAGAUAUGCCAUCUGCUGGCUGAUGCAAUAUCUGAAUUAAACCUCCACCUGAAAACUUUAAAUGUUCUAGCUCCGGUGGACAAGUAUGCAGAGAUUGAAUAUUCAAUGGUGUCAUCGCCCGCAGUUUCAAAGUCAUCCAUAGAUCUGAAUUUGAAGGGAGAAUUUUACCGCAUCGGGCAGCAUCAGGAACCUCCAUUCUCCGCCAUGCGUUUCUCCCUCCCUCCUCAGGUCAAUAACAUGCUGUAUGCUGGGGUGUCUGCCUUCACUGCCAACUCUGCAGGUUUUGUUUACAACAGAGCAGGAGCUAUCAGCCUGUACAUCACAGACGACAUGAUUCCCCCGAGCUCUCCCAUCCGGCUGAACACCAGAACAUUUGGGGCUUUCAUUCCAGAGAUUGCUAAGCGUUUUCCUGCUCUGAUGAUGAAGCUGUUGGCCAAGACGGUCAAGGACCCUAUCAUAACCUUUGAACCCAACAACGUGACCCUACAGGCCACUGGCACAGUGACAGCCUACGCCAUCCAGCUCAAUGCCACACUUUCCCCUCUCUUUGUCCUAAACAUGGAGGCGAGUGUCAGUGCUCAGGUGUAUGUGACUGGGACAAAGCUGGCUGGAGAUGUCACCCUGAACAAGAUGGGUAUGACGCUGGAGACUAGUUAUGUGGGAGAUUUUGAGGUCAGAUUCCUUGACAGUAUCUUCUCAAUGAUUCUAAAAGUGGCAGUGAUCCCCAUGGUCAACGCUCACCUUGAGAAGGGAUAUCCUCUUCCUUCCCUUGGAAAGAUGAGUCUUGUGAACACUAAGCUUCAGAUCCUGAAGGGCUACGUUCUGGUUGGGACAGAUUUGCAGUUUAGAGGAUGAGUGGAAUUUCUCAAAACUACAUGCUUCAUUUUCCCAACAGUGCAGAUCAAUCAUCAUGGCACACUUAAAUUACCUCUGCACACAAGCCUUCCAAUACCAAACACUGCCCCCACUCACACACACAUACACACACACAUACACACACACACUUGGAAGAACAAUACAGCAUACACGCAAAGCAAGAGCUGUAGAGAUAAACUUAUUACUUCGAAUGCAAGCGUGAAAAAAAUCAAAACUCCAGGUUGUCUUUCAACCUGGAGACUCCUCUACACUUGUUUUCUUCCUGUAUUUCUAUUUUUUUCCCAUUUUGUCGUUUCUUGAAGUACACACUGAUUUUCAUUUUUCUCAUUUAAAUUGCCACAUGCAGAGAAUUUUCCUAAUAUUUAUUAUACUACCAUGGCAAUAACAGACAUAACUGUAUGAGUUUGUGUGUUGUCCACGUCUUCAUUCAGUAACGACCAACCCUGUGAGUCAUCUUUACAAAGACAACUCAUACUGAUUGUUGUACUCUGUUCACUGAACAGAGUACAACAAUCAGUGUUGUUCACUUUAAGCUUUAUUGUUCACUUGAGUUUUCACAAAAACAUAUUUUUUGCUGUCUUU